AUGAAAGACAUUGAAGGGCAUGUCCAGAGCAGUGCAGCGGAGCGGUGCCUGGGCCCCGCGGGGCGGCUGGCGGCCGCCGUGUGCCUGGGCGCCGUGGGCAGCCUGGGCUUCUGCAGCAACCUGCUGGUGCUGCUGCUCUUCUGGCGCUUCCCGGCGCUGCGCUCCCCCAUCAACCUGCUGCUGCUCAACAUCGCGCUCAGCGACCUGCUGGGCUGCGCCCUGGGCACGCCGCUCGGGCUGGCCGCGGGGGCCGCCGCCGCUCCGGGGGCCGCCUGCGCCUGGCACGGCUUCGCCACCGCCCUCUGCGGCAUCAUCUCUCUCAUCUCCCUGGCUGUGCUCUCGUAUGAGCGCUGCUGCACCAUGACGAGGACAGCAGAGCCUGACACCACCAACUACAGGAAAGCAUGGACAGCCAUCAUCCUGUCCUGGACAUACUCCCUGCUCUGGACUGUUCCUCCUCUUCUUGGCUGGAGCAGCUAUGGGCCAGAAGGAGCAGGGAUAACCUGCUCUGUGAACUGGCAUUCCAAGGAUGCCAACAACACCUCCUACAUCAUCUGUCUUUUCAUCUUUUGCCUCGUAAUCCCAUUUGCCAUUAUUGUCUAUUCCUAUGGGAAGCUGUUCUGUGCUGUCAGACAGGUGAGCAGCAUGGCCCGGGGGGGCCGGAGCCGCGAGCAGCGCAUCCUGCGGAUGGUGCUGCUGAUGGUGCUGUGCUUCCUGCUCUGCUGGCUGCCCUACGCUGCCGUGGCACUGCUGGCCACCUUUGGGCAGCCUGGGCUCGUCACCCCUGCAGCCAGCAUCAUCCCAGCCAUCCUUGCCAAGAGCAGCGCUGUCUACAACCCCAUCAUCUACGUGUUUCUGAACAAACAGUUUUACAGGUGCUUUGUGGCUCUCCUGAGGUGCAGCAAAUCCCCCCAGAGCUCCUUGCCCAGGCUGAAAAAGCAACAACAAAACCCAGGUUCUGAAGAGCUUCUGCCAAAGCCCAGCCAAGCCCAAAAGAGAGAUCCAGAGCGUGGUGCUGUAGGAGGGCUCCAGGAAACAAGCUGCAUGUGA